AUGGCGGAAGGUUGUUGGCAGAGAGUUUUUUCUCUCCUUAAAAUUACGACCGUUUUUAUCAUCUUGUUCUACAAAAUAAAAGUCCAAGCGAAGGAAACAGAUAGCAGUUGCGCUAAUGAAUCAUGUGAUGUAAAUUUUAACCCGAAGGGACCACUGAUAAAGUGUGAAUUUGUCCCAAGGGAUUUUUUAGAAUGCGAACCACCUCAGGAUCUUCAUGGGAAUUCAACUUACAAAAUAGAACUAGGAUAUGGCUGUAGCAAGUAUGGUGGAUUAAGAUAUGAGGAAGUGGAGAGAUCUAAAGUUUGGUGUGAGGUUUUGCCUGGGAUAGAAUGCCAUGGCAAGAGAAGAUUCCUUGGUCAUGAAGAACCUUGCAUCAAAUAUUCUGGCCAUUACUUUGUCACUACUCUGUUGUAUUCAAUACUGCUUGGGUUUCUUGGCGUAGACAGGUUCUGCCUUGGUCAUACUGGAACAGCAGUUGGAAAAUUAUUAACCAUUGGGGGUCUUGGCAUUUGGUGGGUUGUGGAUAUCAUAUUACUGAUUACUGGAACAUUAAAACCUGAAGAUGGGAGUAACUGGAACCCUUAUUAUUAAAGUAUUGACAACAGAAAAAUGGGAUGUAUAUAUGGAAGUAUAGGAAUGAAAUGAUGGAACUUGUCAGAGAUUAGACAUCUUCAGAAGAAUUACAAUGUACUACAGCUUAAAUGGAGGAAUGGGAUUUCUGUUGGUAUAAUACAAUAAUAGUAAUAAAAUAAUCAUGAUGAUAAUGUAAUUGGCUCUAAGCACAUGUAUAUAAUAUAUAUAUAUAUAUAUAGUGUACAUAGGUUAUUAUGGUUAAGGUACAUUGUUGACCUAUGAAAUUUCAUUUGCAUACGUCGAUGAUGUUGAGGCUGUCAAAUGGCCGACAGCUGGUUGGCAUUGUAUAUGAGGUGCUGUUCUUGCAUUUUAUCAUCAGAUGUUGUUAAUAAUUUAACAUAAUCAUAAUUAUGAUAAACGAUAAUAUCAAACAUGA